AUGCAAACACUAGGCGACGAUCAGCUACCGGUGACAUGGGAGCGAUCCAUAAAGGAUCAAAAACGAUUUUUAUUAUUGGAAAAUACAGAUGAGUACCAAUCUGUAUUGACUUAUUUCAAUCAAACAAUCAAUGAAAAAUGUAACCAACUGAUAAAAAUCGAACGUAUUCAAAAUGAGACAUGUUUCGGUCAAUAUCUAGUCCAAUGGCAAGAAUUUGAGAAAAGAUUGAAGAAAAAUACUGAAAAGCGUUUGUACCACGGUUGCCCUGAACAAGCAGUAAAUUCAAUUAUAGAGACCAAUUUCGAUAAAAGUUUUAGUGGACUAAAUGGAGCGAUAUAUGGUGUUGGCGUUUAUUUUUCAUCAAAAGCAGACUUCAGUCAUGGCUAUACUGUACCAAAUGAUAAUGGAGAACGAUAUAUAUUUCUCGCACGAGUGCUACUUGGGAAAACCACUUCGGCUAGCAAGUCAAUGAAAAGCCCACCUCCAGGAUUCGAUUCAGCAACUGAUAGAAAUCUUAUUUAUGUCACUUAUCAUGAUGCACAAACCUACCCUGAAUAUUUGAUUACUUAUCGGUAG